UGUGUGUUUGUCUAUAUUUAAGGGAAUUAAAACGAAUCAAAAUCAAAUUCACAUUAUUCAGACUCUCAAAAGCUUUUCUCAAUUUCCGUUGCGAUCAUGUACAAAGUAGCGAGCGCAUCGGAAUACCUUGCCAUUACCGGUGUCGGAAUCAGCGACAUCAAACUCGCUAAGAAGGCAUGGGUUCUCCCUGGCCAAUCCUGCACCAUCUUCGACAUCUCUCCCGUCAACUACACCUUCGAAGUCCAAGCCAUGAGCGCCGAGAAACUUCCUUUCAUCCUCCCCGCGGUCUUCACCAUCGGCCCUCGCUCUGACGACAUGGACUCUCUCCUUAAGUACGCCAAGCUUAUUUCCCCGCACGAUAAGCUCUCCAACCAUGUCAAGGAGCUCGUCCAGGGCGUCAUAGAGGGGGAGACUCGUGUCCUUGCAGCCUCCAUGACCAUGGAGGAGAUUUUCAGAGGCACCAAAGAGUUCAAACAGGAAGUGUUCGGGAAGGUCCAGUUGGAGCUCGAUCAAUUCGGGCUUUUGAUUUACAAUGCUAAUGUUAAACAGUUGGUGGACGUUCGUGGGCAUGAGUAUUUUUCGUAUUUAGGACAGAAGACGCAACAGGAAGCUGCGAAUCAGGCGAAGAUUGAUGUGGCGGAGGCGAGGAUGAAGGGGGAAAUUGGGGCUAAAUCCAGAGAAGGACAAACCCUUCAGAAUGCUGCUAAGAUCGACGCUGAAACUAAGAUUAUUGCCACACAGAGGCAAGGGCAGGGUAAGAAGGAGGAGAUCAAGGUCAAGGCGGAGGUUAAGGUGUUCGAGAAUGAGAGAGAGGCGGAAGUGGCGGAGGCUAACGCCGAACUUGCUAAGAAGAAGGCCGCCUGGACUAGAGCUGCCCAAGUGGCGGAAGUGGAAGCCGCGAAAGCCGUCGCACUCCGAGAGGCGCAGUUGCAGAAGGAAGUGGAGAUGAUGAAUGCAAUGACCAUGACGGAGAAAUUGAAGGCUGAAUUUCUCAGUAAAGCCAGCGUUGAGUAUGAAACUAAGGUACAAGAAGCAAACUGGGAGUUGUACGACAAGCAAAAGAAAGCGGAAGCUGUUCUGUUCGAGAAGGAGAGGGAAGCUGAAGCACAGAAGGCACUAGCCGACGCCGGGUUUUAUGCUCGUCAACAAGUCGCCGACGGAGAGCUCUAUGCCAAAAAGAAAGAAGCGGAAGGAUUGGUGGCACUGGCGGAGGCUCAAGCUCUGUACCUCCGUUCACUUCUCGAGGCAUUGGGCGGCAAUUACUCCGCUCUUAGAGAUUACCUAAUGAUCAACGGAGGCCUAUUCCAAGAAGUUGCUAAAAUCAAUGCCGACGCCAUUAAAGGGCUUCAGCCUAAGAUUAGUGUCUGGACCAAUGGAAGUGGCGGACAGGGUCUAGAAGGAGGCUCCGGAGCUGGGAGUAUAGCGAUGAAAGAGGUGGCCGGAGUUUACAAAAUGUUGCCACCGCUGUUUCAAACGGUUCAUGAGCAAACUGGAAUGCUGCCUCCGCCAUGGAUGGGAAGCUUGGGUGAUUCUUCUCAGAAUUGUUCUCCUUGCUGUCUUCACCAUUCGUAUGCCAAGCUGAUCUCACCUCAUGACAAGCGCUCCAGUGUCAAUGAACUUCUACAAGGUAUCAUCGAAGGAGAGACCAGCGUGCUUGCGGCUUCCACGACCAUGGAGGACAUUUUCAAAGGCACCAAAGAAUUCAAGCAGUAGGUGUUUGGAAAGGUUCAGUUGGAACUUCACCAAUUUGGACUUUUGAUUUACAAUGCUGAUGUCAAACAAUUGGUGAAUGUGAGUGGGCACGAAUAUGUCUCCUACUUGGGGCAGAAGACACAGCAAGAGGCUUCCAAUCAGGCCAAAGUGGACGUUGCUGAGGCAAAUGCAGAAGUGGCAGAAGUGGUGGAGGCAAAUGCAGAGCUGGCGAAGAAGAAAGCAAUAUUGGCUAAGGGAUCAGAGAUGGCGGAAGUGGAAGCAGCAAAAGCAGUCUCACUGAGAGAGGCAGACCAAAAGAAAAAGGUGGAGAAGAUGAAUGCAUUGACCAUGACUGAGAAGCUUAAGGCUGAAUUGUUGAGCAAAGCUAGCAUUGAGUACGAAACCAAGGCACAAGAGGCAAACUGUGAAUUCUACUAGAAACAAAUUAAGGCAGAAGCUGAGCUGUUCCAGAAACAAUAAAAUGCAGAGGCACAGAAGGCAUUGGCUGAUGCUAAAUUUUAUGCUUGCCAGCAAACUGCUGACAGAGACUUAUAUGCAAAGAAGAAAGAGGCGGAGGGACUGGUGGCUGGCACUGGCACAGGCCUAAGCACUGUAUCCCUGCUAGAUGCAUUGGGUGGGAACUACACCGCUCUUAGAGAUUACCUAAUGAUCAAUGGAGGGAUGUUUCAAGACAUUGCCAACAUCAAUGCCAAUGCUUUAAGUAUUAAGAGGCUCCAACCAAUGAUUAGCGUGUGGACGAAUGGGAGGGAUGGACAGGGUUUAGGAGGAGCUGGUAAUAUGGCUAUGAAAGAGUUGUCUGGAGUUCAUCAAAUGUUGCCUCCAUUGUUUCAAACAGAUCAUGAGCAAACUCGAUUGCUUCCUCCUCCAUGGAUGGUAACCAUGACUGACCCCAAACAGAAUUGAGGUUAAUGACUUUAGCCUUUUCCUCUCUCUAAAUUUUCUUUUCUAUACUUAAGACUUGUCUGUUCCCUAGUUGUUAUUAUAUAUAUGUAUAAUGAUUUCUGUUUAGAGAUUCUACAAUAUUUCGUUUCCAGAAACUGCUCGAUUAAUGGGUUUUGCCAUUGCAUUUGGAACAAAUAUUCAACGUUCGUGAUGUAUUGACAUAGGUGUUAGCUUUCUAAUAUACAUGAGAUGAUUGAAGAGAACGCUAGCUAUUUAUUUUUAUCUUAAAACGAAACAACGUUUUACACAUUUAAUACAUUUGCCCAUGCCUUUGCCAAUCAGAUACAAGCUAAUCAAUACAUAUUCAAAAA